AUGGACGACGAUUUGUUCGACGUAUUUGAAGAGGCCGGCAAGGGCAAAGGCGCCGCCGCAAGCAAGAAGCGGUCGCUGAACGGCGACAUCAAAAGCGAGAAGCAGAAUUCAUCACAAAAUGCCGACGCAGCAUCACCUGCCGCGCAAGAUGCAUCAAACGGAGGAGUGGAUCUGCCAGCAGUAAAAGAGGAUGUCGACAUGGAGGAUAACGAUGCUGGCGAAGACCGCGACCAGAAGCGACAGCGGAGGGAGGAGGAGCCGCAGGCGGUAGUGACGGAUGAGUUUGAGACGGAACAAUCGCGGGAAGUGGCAGCAGCAGCAGGAUUACAGGCCAAACAGGACAACGAAGCGGUGGUGCUAUCCCAUCAAGUCCGCCACCAGGUCGCGCUUCCCCCGGAUAGCAACUAUGUGCCCAUCUCACAGCAUAAGAGACCCGAAAAGCCGGCGCGUACAUGGCCAUUCACCCUCGAUCCCUUCCAAGAGGUGUCCAUCAUGUCGAUUGAACGAAAUGAAAGCGUCCUCGUGUCGGCGCAUACAUCCGCUGGUAAGACGGUCGUCGCCGAAUAUGCCAUUGCGCAAUGUCUUCGCGACAACCAGCGCGUCAUCUACACCUCUCCUAUCAAGGCGCUCAGCAAUCAGAAGUAUCGAGAGUUCAUGGCCGAGUUUGGGGAUGUCGGCUUGAUGACUGGCGAUGUCACAAUCAACCCUACGGCUACGUGCCUGGUCAUGACCACUGAGAUUUUGCGCYCUAUGCUGUACCGCGGAAGCGAGAUUAUGCGCGAAGUGGCGUGGGUCGUCUUCGACGAGGUGCACUAUCUGCGUGACAAGACGCGAGGUGUCGUCUGGGAAGAGACCAUCAUCCUUUUGCCCGACAAGGUGCGCUACGUCUUCCUCUCGGCCACCAUCCCCAACGCUAUGCAGUUCGCCGAAUGGAUCGUCAAGACUCACAAUCAACCGUGUCACGUUGWCUACACCGACUUCCGACCCACACCUCUGCAACACUACUUCUUCCCUGCCGGCGCGGAUGGCAUCCAUCUGGUGGUGGACGAAAAGGGUACCUUCCGAGAAGACAACUUCAACAAGGCCAUGUCUGCCAUUGCAGACAAGGCUGGCGACGACGGCUCCAACGCUCUGGCGAAGAGGAAAGGCAAAGGCAAGGACAAGAAGGUCAACAAGGGAGGUCGUAACGAGGGUCCAACCGACAUUUACAAGAUCGUCAAGAUGAUCAUGAUGAAGAACUACAAUCCUGUCAUUGUGUUCUCCUUCUCUAAGCGUGAUUGCGAAAACUAUGCGCUCCAGAUGAGUCAACUCGCUUUCAACGACGAUUCUGAAAAGGCCAUGGUGUCCAAGGUUUUCAGCUCAGCAAUCGAGAUGCUUUCCGAUCAGGACAAGGAACUUCCACAAAUUCAGCACCUCCUUCCACUCCUUCGCCGCGGUAUCGGUAUUCAUCACUCAGGACUCCUCCCCAUCCUGAAGGAGACGAUUGAAAUCCUUUUCCAAGAAGGUCUUAUCAAGGUACUCUUCGCCACCGAGACCUUCUCCAUCGGAUUGAACAUGCCUGCGAAGACAGUCGUCUUCACAUCUGUUCGCAAAUUCGAUGGCAUCGCUCUCCGCUACGUCACACCUAGCGAGUUUAUCCAAAUGUCUGGACGUGCCGGACGAAGAGGUCUCGAUGAUCGCGGUAUUGUCAUUAUGAUGAUCGAGGAAAAGAUGGAUCCCGUGGCUGCCAAAGACAUUGUUCGUGGCGAGCAGGACAAGCUCAACAGCGCCUUCUACCUGGGCCACAACAUGAUUCUUAACCUCAUGCGUGUCGAGGGUAUCAGUCCAGAGUUUAUGCUGGAGCGCUGCUUCUACCAAUUCCAGAAUGCCGMCUCUGUCACCGGGCUGGAAAAGCAGAUUGUUGAAUUGGAGCAGAAGCACGCGGAUAUUGUGAUUGAGAAUGAGGCUGAGAUCAAGGAGUACUACGACCUCCGCCAAUAUCUCACCAAAUACGGCAGCGACAUGCGCGAAGUCAUCACACAUCCACAAUACCUUCUCAAAUUCCUACAAGCAGGACGUUUGGUGAAGAUCAAAUACAAAGACUACGACUUUGGCUGGGGAGCGGUGUGUAACUUCAUGAAGAUCAAGCCUAGCAAGCAUCUCAAAGAGGAAGACAUCAAGCCUUCUGCUUCGGUAGUGGUGGACGUGCUUUUGAAUGUUGCGGCAGAUAGCCCGUCGACCCAACCUGGAUCAAAGUCCGCAGAAGAUCUUCCGCCUGGAGUGCGACCACCUCUUCCAGGUGAGAAGGGCAAGAUGGAGGUCGUUCCUGUUAUGAACGGCACUAUUGACUCGGUCGGCCACAUUCGUGUCUUCCUGCCCAACGACCUUCGCACACCCGAGCAGCGAAACGCGGUCCGCAAGGCCUUGGAAGAAGUCGCCAAGCGCUUCCCUGACGGUGUGGCGAUUCUUGAUCCUAUUGAAAACAUGGGCAUCACAGAUGAGUCCUUCAAGAAGCUGCUUCGAAAGAUUGAGGUAUUGGAGCAUAAGAUGCUGAGCCAUCCGCUCCACAAGUCGGAUCAAUUGGCCGCCCUCUACGAUCAGUACCACUCAAAAGUUCUAUUAGGCACGGAGAUCAAGGCUACGCGGAAGAAGAUUGGAGAUGCUCUCAGCGUCCUCCAGAUGGAUGAACUCAAGAACCGCAAGCGUGUCCUCCGCCGGAUGGGCUUCAUCAAUGAUCAAGAUGUCGUCCAGCUGAAGGCUCGUGUAGCAUGUGAAAUCUCCACGGGUGACGAAUUGGUGCUCUCCGAGCUCCUAUUCAACCGGUUCUUCAACGAGCUCACACCGGAGCAAUGCGCCGCUGUCCUCAGUGCCUUUAUAUUCGAGGAGAAGAGUGAUGAAGCACCUCCGCUCAGUGAAGAGCUUGCGAAGCCCUUCCGAGAAAUUCAAGCCCAGGCGAGGAUUGUAGCGAAGAUCUCGAUGGAGAGUAAGGUCCUCCUUAACGAGGAGGAGUAUCUGAACACUUUCAAGAGCGAGCUGAUGGAGGUUGUGUUUGCUUGGACCAAGGGCGCGAGCUUUGCUGAUAUCUGCAAAAUGACGGACGUCUACGAGGGCUCCCUCAUCCGCCUCUUCCGGAGACUGGAAGAAUUGCUAAGACAGAUUGCGCAGGCGUCCAAGGUCAUGGGUAGUGAGGAGUUGGAGCAAAAGUUUGAGGCUGCGUUGGGUAAGGUUCGGAGGGACAUUGUUGCGGCGCAGAGUUUGUAUUUGUAA